CUUGUUUGUUUUGGGGAAACUUUUUGACCGAGUUAGGAUUAAUCUUCCUUUAAAUGGUCGAAACAGUCAACAAAAUGACCAUUUAAGUGAAUUACCUGAGUUUAACGUCACGAAUCAAAAACGUUUAGUGGAAAUAAUAAAACAUGAAGACAAAGUCGAGUGACCGACUUUUCAAUAAAUAAAUAAAUAAUGUUUUCCCUUUUUUUUUUUCGAAGUGAGGCUGUUUUAAAGUGGACACGGAGGAGGCAGACAAGAGGAGGGGAUUGGACAGAAGGGCCAAGUUCGCCUCGCUCGUCCGUUCGUUUAUGCAAAUCCACCCCGGGCCCGAAUAAGGACGCGGAGGAAUGAAACAUGGUGGCGGAGGGAGCAGGCCAACAUGGAGGCGAGAGCACCGUGAGAGCGUCACCACCGCCGCCUCCUUCUUUGUAAACCGAAAACUUUGCUCAUUUCUACCGUUGGGGCGCGAUGCGGUGAAGAGGAACGACUGGUUGGCCGGCGUGGGGAGAGAGUGAGAGCAAACGACGACAACGAAGGAAGGAAAGAAGCAACGGGGCUGGAGCCCUCCGCUCAGCAGCGGCGGCCAGCCGCGAUGCCGUGGCCGGGCGGAGGCGGCGGCAAGCGGCGAGAGAGCUCCGAGCUACCGCUGCCCGCCGGAUGGGAGGAAGCCCGAGACUACGACGGAAGAGUGUUCUUCAUCGACCACAACACCCGGCAAACUUCGUGGAUAGACCCCAGAGAUAGGAUCACCAAGCCGCUGACUUUUGCCGACUGCGUCGGAGAUGAGCUGCCCCUGGGCUGGGAGGAGGUCUACGACCAGCAAGUCGGGGUUUACUACAUCGACCACAUCAACAAGACCACGCAGAUCGAGAACCCGCGCACCCAAUGGCGCCAGGAGCAGGAGCGCAUGUUGAAGGAGUACCUGGUGGUGGCGCAGGAGGCCCUCCGAGCCAAGAAGGAGAUGUACCUGGUCAAGCAGCAGCGACUGGAGCUGGCCCAGCGCGAAAUGUUGCUCUUCCACGAGCUCUCCGAGGACAGCCGUUCCAUCGCAAGCUGCGCGCUCUCCGGCUCAUCCUCAGGCGCGAAAUAUGACCCUGACCAAAUCAAAGUGGAAGUGGCUUGUAGGCGAGAGCGGCUUUCCCGACUGAAGCACGAGCUGGCCCAGGUGAGGCAGGAGCUGCAGUACAAGGAAAUGGGCGUGGAGACACUGCAGGAGAUCGACCGUAAGAUGUCGUGCAGUCAGACCAACUACAAACUGGACGAGGCCCAGGCCAUCUUCAACGAGCUGCGCAGCAUCAAGAAGGCCAUCAACGCGGGCGAGAAGGAGAGGCAGGACCUCAUCCAGAGCCUGGCCAAGCUGACGGUGAACUUCCAGAGCAGCUUGUGCGCGGGUGACGCGGCCGGCGAGGUGGUCGACAGCAGCGGAGGGGGAGGGGCCACGGGGGCCGGCGAGCAGCAUCAGCAGCAGUACUGCGACGCCGGCUGCCAGACGGACAUGAUGACGGGAGAGGACUCCUCCCACAUGGUGGACAAGGUCAAAGUCAACUGGCAGUACGAGGAGGCAAAGAAGAAGGUGCAGAGUAUCCAGCACCAGCUGGCCCAGCUGGACAGCGAGAGCUGGUCGGGCCGAGCCGAGGCCGACCGGGACCGAGAUUUCAUGCAGCUGUUGCGCGAGAAGGAAGCUCUGCUGCACGACAUCAUCAUGAUCAGCAAGCAGCACAAGAAGGCUCACGGCCCCGAUCCGGGUCCCGAUCCCGAUCCUGAUCAGAGUCCCGGUCCUGAUCCUAACCCCAAUCCCGGUCCUGACACGCUGCGUCAUCUGGAGGAGGAACGCUGCCGAUUGGAGGAGGAAGUGCAGCGGGCGCACAGCUCACAGAGUCAGGGAGCCAAUCAGAGGCUCCUGCAGCAGGAGAAGAGGAACGUGUUGCUGCGACAGCUGGAGGAGGCCACGCGCAUCACCACCUACCUUCACUCUCAGCUCAAGAGCCUGUCCGCCAGCUCCCUGACGUUUGAGAUUUAA